UUAGGAGAGCAAAGAAAUAUAUUCAGGUCUGUAACAACUUUGAAUUUUUUUGGGUGAACUAUCCCUUUAAAUGCUUGAAUGAAAAAUAUGUGUCAUUGUCGCGUGUUAUAAACACAAUGAAGUGAAAGCCAUAGGUCUAAGGGCAUUUUGUUUCAAUUAUGAAACAGUGCCUCUAAAACUGCAUGUUUUGGGGUCAUGUUUUUGUUGUUUAAUUUGAUUGCCACUAAGCUUGUUAUGUUUGUAUUGCAGAUAUUUAUUUUAUUUGUCUCCCAAUGCCAAAGUGAAACGUGUUCACCAGGAUUUUACCCAAAAGGACAGAACUGUUUGCCAUGUAAGGAUGGUACUUAUCUGGCCUAUAAUAAUGCCCGUAGUCAUUGCCUGGAUUGCAAAUACUGUGAUAUUGCCGCUGGUGAAGUAGAGGUCAAACCUUGUACAACAACACAGAACAGAGAGUGCGGAUGUAAACCUGAGUUUUACAGAUCUGAUGUGUUUUGCAAACCCUGUAAAAUCUGCAAUAACUGUGCAGAAUGUACAAACUGUGAAAAGAAAUGCAACCCACAAAACAGAUUUACAACCACAAUGCCAAUUUGUGCAGAAGGCGAAUUUCUGGAUGUAAAUGUCAGAAAAUGUCGAAAAUGUUCAAAAUCUGACUGCAACAUGGAGGCAUGUAAAUCCUUUUGUGACAAACAAGAUUUGAAACCUCAUUAUGAGUCACUCUUGUUGUUGUCUUUGACAAUCAUGAUUAUAUUGGGAGGUCUUUUGUGUCUUCUUCUCAUAUGGUUCUACAAAAAGAGAAGGCAUUGCUUGCGAGCAAAAAACUGGCUGCAACAUCCAAACAUUCAGAUUAAACCAGAUCAACCUAAUGAUUUGUUCAUCGUUCCUUCAACAACGGUGAGAAAUAACUUGGCUUGCAAUGAAACCACCAUCAAACCUCGCUCGGGUGCUCCAGUCACCGGCUGUCCACGCAACAUCAUUAGUGGAGAUUGGCAGAGCAUCAUGACCCCCUUGAUUCCCAAAGGCGACCCAAAAUUGAUUCAGAUUCUACAGAAAGAGUUGUGGCCAGCACCGGUGCUCUACACUAUCAUAAGAGAGAUUCCCGUGCAACGUUGGAAGGAGUUUUUACGACUGCUCUCCAUGACAGAUGAUCAGAUGGAACGAAUUGAACUGGAGGCAGGCCCAUCCUAUCUAGAAAAGCAAUACAUGAUGCUUCGUCUGUGGAGCCAAAGCGGCGAGGCAAAGCUGGAGAACAUCUACUCAACGUUACACUACAUGAACCUGUCAGGCUGUGCCCAGGAACUGCAAGAAAAGCUAGAGCAACUCCAAAACGUGAACGCUCCCUCAUCAUGACAGCAUCUUCGCAUGUGUGAGAGUUGCAAUCGAAUUUUGCAACAGUGGACAGUGUGUUGCAGACUUUUGUAUUAUUGACAGGUUAAUGUCAUUAUAAUAAUUGAACAAAUCUAAAUUAUUUAGCGCUGUUGUUAUGGUAUUAUUCUUCAGUUGUUUGUAUUAUUUGUAUUUUAAGUUCUUUGUGUGCCACAGUAAGUAAUCACAGUACUGUAAAAAUUUGAAUAGUUUUAAGGGGACACAUCAUGAAUUUAAGUGCUAUAAUUGGGUCCCCAGUGCUUCUAUCAAACUAGAACAUGUGACAAAGAUCAUUUGGGUCAUUGAAAUUUGCCCCCCUUGUGAUGUCAGAAGGGGAUAACACUGCCCCUUACUCUGCACUAUCCAACCACGGCACUGCCAUUUAGUGCAGAGAUCAACUCAUUUGCAUUUAAAAGGGCACACCCAAAAAUGGCACAUUUUAGCUCACACAUACGCACAACCGGCGCAGCGUCAUAGAAUGUCUCUGAACAGGUUCACACCUAGUUUUUGUGGAAAACAAACUAGACUUCCCAUUGACUUCCAUACAAAAUAGCAGAACAAAGCAACGUUCGUACACACCCGGCAUGCGUAAAUAAGUUAAGAAAUCACACUGUUCCGCUAUUUUGUAUGGAAGUCUAUGGGAAGUCUAGUUUGUUUUCCCCCAAAAAGGGGUGGUGACGAAAUUUACAGUCAAAUUCUUCGAUGUGGCGGUAGUCUGUAUACAAUGGGGCAAUUUUAACAUGUUAUAAUAAAUUAUCUAUAUGGCAUUUUGAGCUAAAACUUCACAUACGUACUCCGGGGACACCAAAGAUUUGUUUGACAUCUUAAAAUCUACCUUUUAAAGGUAAUGAACAGUUUAGAGUUUAAGACUUUAAACAAAAGUGUAAACAUAAUUUUAUGUAUCGACUACUAUAGACUGGUUUUUCAGGAUAAACACUGGUGCUUAUAUUUCAUGCUAGAAGUUCUCAGUUAUAUGGAAUAUGGCCAUAAAUAUGAAUAAGUUUAUGUAUUAUUACAGUGUAU